CUCCUCCUCCUCAACCGCCCUGUCUACCAAAUUCUUUUCUUCUUACCUUGCAACUUGUCGGCGGGGUAACUUGACACAUCACACAUUUCAGUCGCCUUUGAAUUCUUUGCACAGACAAGCAACAGCAUUCAAGAUGGUUCAGUCUUCGGUUCUUGGUUUCCCCCGUAUGGGUGUGAACCGUGACCUCAAGAAGGCCAACGAGGCCUACUGGGGCGGCAAGCUCUCCCGCGAGGACCUCCUCGCUGAGGGCAAGAGACUCCGUCUUGCCCACUGGAAGAUCCAGAAGGAUGCCGGUGUCGACAUCAUCCCCUCCAACGACUUUGCCUACUACGACCAGGUCCUCGACCACAUCCAGCUCUUCAACGCCGUUCCUCCCCGUUAUGCCGAGACCAAGCUCGAGCCCAUUGACGAGUACUUCGCCAUGGGCCGUGGUCACCAGAAGGACGGCAUCGACGUCCCCUCUCUGGAAAUGGUCAAGUGGUUCGACUCCAACUACCACUACGUCAAGCCUACCUUCCAGGAUGGCCAGACCUUCAAGCUCGCCUCCGACCCCAAGCCCGUUCGUGAGUUCAACGAGGCCAAGGCUGCCGGCAUCGUCACCCGCCCCGUCCUUCUGGGACCCGUUUCUUUCCUCCACCUCGGCAAGCCCGACCGUGGCCAGUCCGUUGACCCCAUCUCCCUCCUCGACAAGCUCGUCCCUGUCUACGUCGAGCUCCUGAAGCAGCUCAAGGCUGCUGGUGCCGAGACCGUCCAGAUCGAUGAGCCCAUCCUGGUCUUCGACCUCCCCCAGAAGUCCAAGGACGCCUUCAAGCCCGCCUACGAGAAGCUCGUUGGCGCCGGCCUCCCCAACCUGGUCCUGGCCACCUACUUCGGUGACAUCGUCCACAACUUCGAUGUCCUCCCCGCCCUCAGCAACGUCUACGGUCUCCACGUCGACCUUGUCCGCAACCCUGAGCAGCUCGGCCCCGUCCUCGAGAAGCUCGGCCCCAAGCAGGUCCUCUCUGCCGGUGUCGUCGACGGCCGCAACAUCUGGAAGACCAACUUCCAGCGUGCCAUUGACACCGUUAAGCAGGCCAUCGCCAAGGUUGGCGAGGAGCGUGUCAUCGUCGCCACCUCCAGCUCCCUCCUCCACACUCCCCACACCCUCACCUCAGAGAAGAAGCUGCCCGAGGAGGUCUACCGCUGGUUCUCCUUCGCCUCCGAGAAGGCUGUCGAGGUUGCCAUCAUUGCCAAGGCCAUCACCGAUGCUGCCUCCGUCAAGGCCCAGCUCGAGGAGAACGCCAAGGACGUCCAGUCCCGCGCCACCUCUGCCCGCACCAACGACCCCAACGUCAAGAAGCGCCAGUCCGAGGUCACCCCUGAGAUGCACAACCGCAAGUCUGAGUUCCCCAAGCGUAUCGAGGCUCAGAAGACCCACCUGAAGCUCCCCCUCUUCCCCACCACCACCAUCGGCUCCUUCCCCCAGACCAAGGAGAUCCGUAUCCAGCGCAACAAGUUCACCAAGGGCGAGAUCACGGCCCAGGAGUACGAGAAGUUCCUGGAGAAGGAGAUGGACGAGGUCAUCGCCAUCCAGAACGAGCUCGACCUGGACGUCCUCGUCCACGGUGAGCCCGAGCGUAACGACAUGGUCCAGUACUUUGGUGAGCGCAUGGACGGUUACGUCUUCACCACCCACGCCUGGGUUCAGUCUUACGGCUCGCGUUGCGUCCGUCCCCCCAUCGUCGUCGGUGACAUCUCUCGCCGCAACAACGAGCCCAUGACCGUCAAGGAGUCCAAGUACGCCGCUGCUCACUCCAAGCGCACCAUGAAGGGCAUGCUCACCGGCCCCAUCACCUGCUUGCGCUGGUCUUUCCCCCGUGACGAUGUCCACCAGUCCGUCCAGGCCCAGCAGCUCGCUCUGGCCCUCCGCGACGAGGUCGUCGAUCUCGAGGCCGCCGGCAUCUACUGCAUCCAGGUCGACGAGCCUGCUCUGCGUGAGGGUCUCCCUCUCCGCUCCGGCAAGGAGCGCGAGGCCUACCUCAAGUGGGCUGUCGACUCCUUCAAGCUGUCGACCGCCGGUGUCGAGGACUCGACCCAGAUCCACUCCCACUUCUGCUACUCCGAGUUCCAGGACUUCUUCCACGCCAUCGCCGCGCUGGAUGCCGAUGUCCUGUCCAUCGAGAACAGCAAGUCGGACGCCAAGCUCCUCCGUGUCUUCGAGGAGAAGGCCUACCCCCGCCACAUCGGCCCUGGUGUCUACGACAUCCACUCCCCCCGUGUGCCGUCCCUGGAGGAGAUCAAGACUCGCAUCGAGGAGAUGCUCAACAACGGUCUCCGCCCUGAGCAGUUGUGGAUCAACCCUGACUGCGGUCUCAAGACCCGCCAGUGGGCCGAGACCAAGGCUGCGCUGUCCAACAUGGUCAACGCCGCCAAGUUCUUCCGUGAGAAGUACGCCAACAAGGCCUAAUUGGACGGUACGCAUGCAUACGGGUGGGUUAUGAUUUAGGUGUUGGGUGGGAACGAUAGUCUAUUCAACAGACAUGACGUGGCAAUACCCGCGGGGAUAACCGGAAAAUUAGGGGAAGGUUUCGGGCACAUUCAACAUAGGCGUUCUUUUUUCAACAUCUCCUCGGCGUUUUGCAAGCGGGUUUGGGACUCAGGGAAAAGUAAGGCAUUCAACAGAUACCGCUUUCAGGGAAU